AGUGGUUAAUGGCUAGCCUACUUUACAUUUUAUAAAAAUUUGUUACAAAGUGGUUAGUAGUUACUUUUUGCUUCAAUUAAUUAGUAAUUUUCAGUUUUCAAUCAUGGCUGAAAUAGAAAAAUUAACGAUAGGAGAAAUUUAUACUUCCGAAAAGACUGGCAGUGAUAGUACUGGAGAGGGCUCAGCAGAAAAACCAUUUAAAACAAUCUUACAAGCCAUGCGAUACGCUGGCAAGGAACCGUUUCCGACUAUAUACGUGGACUCCAAAGAGGAAGGCAAACAGUACGACGUAGCUGCGAAAUCGCAGUUAAAAAAAAUUACCAAGAUAUGGAGUCGGGAGUGUUACAAGGCUGUUGAAAAAGUGAAGGUGGACGAAGAAAAUGUUGAGAAGAGGCAGCAAAAUUUGGACGAAGCUAAGAAAAUUGUUUUAAAAGAGGAUCCUUCGUUGCCAAAAGCCAAGACGGUGAAAAUACUUCAUUCGGCUGAACAUCGAGGGGAGAGAAUAUGUGUGCGUGGUUGGGUCCAUCGUCUACGUCGUCAAGGAAAAGCAUUAGCUUUUCUUACAUUGCGGGAUGGUACUGGAUACAUGCAAUGCGUCUUACAUGGCAUUCUCUGUCAGACAUAUAAUGCUUUAGUUUUGUCAACUGAGUCAUCUGUCAUUUUAUAUGGAAAACUAGAAGUUGUUCCUGAAGGCAAAUCAGCACCGGGAGGUCAUGAACUGACAGUAGAUUACUGGGAGCUAGUCGGCCUGGCUCCGCCUGGUGGGGCAGAUGCUAUAUUGAACGAAGACGCUCUGCCCGACGUCCAGCUCGAUAACAGACACAUAAUACUGCGCGGCGAGAACACGACGAAGGUGCUCCGCGCGCGCGCGCAGGUGACGCGCGCCUUCCGCGAGCACUUCGCGAGCCGCCUGUACACCGAGGUCACGCCGCCCACGCUCGUGCAGACGCAGUGCGAGGGCGGCUCCACGCUCUUCAAGUUUGACUACUUCGGCGAGCAGGCGUACCUGACGCAGAGCUCGCAGCUGUACCUGGAGACGUGCCUGGCGGCGCUGGGCGACGUGUACUGCGUGGCGCAGUCCUACCGCGCCGAGACCUCGCGCACGCGCCGACACCUCGCCGAGUACAGCCACGUGGAGGCGGAGUGCCCCUUCAUCGAUUUUGACGAGUUGCUGGAUAGGAUCGAGGAUCUCGUCGUCGACGUCGUCGAUAGGGUCCUGGAGUCGCCCGAGGGACAUUUGGUGUAUGAACUUAACCCCAAUUUUAAGAAACCCGUUAAGCCUUUUAAACGUAUGACGUACGCAGAAGCCAUUGAAUAUCUGCGUGCUAACAACAUUACUAAGGAUGACCAAACGUUCUAUGAAUUUGGAGAAGACAUUCCAGAAGGUCCUGAACGUAAGAUGACAGAUGCCAUCGGGGUGCCAAUACUUCUCUGCAAGUUUCCUGCAGAGAUCAAAUCAUUCUACAUGCUCCGAUGUGAAGAUGACAAGCGUCUAACUGAAUCAGUUGAUCUCCUGAUGCCAGGUGUUGGGGAAAUUGUAGGGGGGUCGAUGAGGAUGUGGGACCAUGAGGAAUUGAUGGAAGGCUACAAGCGCGAGGGCAUCGACCCCCGGCCGUACUACUGGUACACGGACCAGCGCAAGUUCGGCUCCGUGCCGCACGGCGGCUACGGGCUGGGCCUGGAGCGCUUCCUGUGCUGGCUGCUCAACCGCUACCACAUCCGGGAGGUGUGCCUCUACCCACGCUUCUUGGAGAGAUGCACGCCUUAGACGACCUCAUUUAGUUAUCCAUAUUGAAGAAUUAUUAUUUAAUUUUCUU